AUGGGGGUGGAAGGCCGAAGGAACAAUAUUCCAGUGAGAAAUAAUGAUAAGACCGGAUUUGGAGGAUCAAGAUUUCAAGCUUUGGAAAAUGAAGAUAUUGCUUUAAAUGGCAAUGAUAAUACAAUUAAUGCUAAAGUUAUUGUUAUAACUGAAGGUUUAAAUAUGAGGAAUGUUCACACUGAGUCCACUUUUGGAAUAAACUCAGAAAAAGAAAUAAUUAAUGAUGAGACACAUGAUGUUAUUCAGGAGGUGUUUGGUGAAGAAGGGAAAUCUCCAAAUAAUAAUGUUAGAGAUAUGAUGAGGUGGCGAGAUGUUAUUGGGGAACAUAAUAAAGUGAUCAAUCAAAAGAAAAUGAAGGUUGUUAUGGCUGGUAGUGGAGGUAGGAGACAUAUUCAGGAGAUGCUGGAAUAA